UAGAGAAUCCAUGGAGAAACAGUAGUUAUCAUUUAUUCUACGCUUCUUGUUAGACAUGCGCCCAGAGACGUCUCCACCAUUGAGUCUUUUAUAUUCUCGUCAUUACAAUUGUAGGGUGCUUCUAAGGGAGCUUGCGGGAUCCCUGUAAAGCUCAUCGUUAACGCGUCAGAGAUUAAUGCAUUGCCAACUGAACUGCCUAAAGUGAUAAAAUUUAUUAUGUUCGAAUAAUAAAAUAACGCUCAUAACAUGUUUAGAUAACAUUCGAGUAACACGAGAACGGUGUCGGCACCCACCAUAGCACCCCAAUGGAACUCAUAAGCCCCGGCUCGAACCGUUGAUUCCCAGUGCGGUGAUAGUGCAUGGUAGAUUUUUGUUUUAAUCCUUCUUGUUUACAUCUCGCAGUUCUAGUGUGGUAGUGCGUAUGUGCAAGUUUUACAAUGGAAAAAAAAGUCCCUUUACACACGGAAAAUGCUGAAAUUGUCGUUUGUGAUUGAAUUUCCAAUAUUCUAAUGACUGUCCUGCUCAGAUUCUAUAAAGUGCUAUUUGUAUCUGUAGUGAAAAAAUCUUUAUCUUAAAUAUUUAUAGAAUAGUUUGGCCGACUUUUUGAUGCAAAUAUUUUUUUAUUGUAUAUAUACAACUUGCGCACAAAACAUCUUCCGCUUUAAUUUCUUCGUGGACUUGUAUAUCGUCAUACAACCACCCCAUCGAAUUGAGUCUUGUUUGCAACGGUACCAAAAAUAUAAAUGAGUGUACGAUGUGCUUUCGAAAAAUAUAUGAAUAUUUUACACGAUGCAUUUGCAGUAAUGACGAUGAAGGAAUCAAUGAGAGUACUUUCUACGAACAGAUAGAACCGAGAGUUGUAUUCUGUAAUAGUAACAUUAAUGAACUUAGCGAAGGAGUUAGCUUCACAAUAACCGGGAAAUUAGUAGUCAAUUGUGAGCGAUUUUCUGUGAAUCUCGUUCUGAAUAACCCUACGCGUGAUGUCGCGCUACAUGUCAAUCCCCGUCUACCUCAAAACUAUAUUGUACGGAACUGUAAAAUAAAAAACGUUUGGGGUACGGAAGAAGUGACAUCGGCUCUGCCCUUUAGCUUGUCUCGUGGUUCAAAAUUCAAAAUGCAAAUUCUAGUCACAAAUACAGACUACCUUAUAUCAAUCAAUGGGAAGCAUUUCGCAUCGUUUCGUCAUCGUUUGCCGUUCAAUAGAGUAAGGAUUAUCGAAGUGAAGGGUGAUGUAGAGAACGUUAGUGUUGACCAAGAUGUUGUUGUAAAAUACCCCGAGAUCUUACCAACUUCAGCUGCCAUCGAAAUACCUAGAAUAUCGGAUUCAAAAUCUCUCACAAGCGACUAUUCUAAAAUGGAUCCGUCACAUUCAACGUUCAAAGAAGUAGAAUCUGACUACCCAGUGCCUUUUUACGGCAUUUUUCCUGAUAGUCUAGUGGAUGGGAAGCGAUUGCGAAUUGAAGGACGCGUAAAAAUCCUGCCACAUUCAUUUUUCAUUAACCUGCAACAAGGACAACAAAUAUGGCCUCAUCCAACCAUUGCAUUCCAUUUGAACCCGAGGUUCGCGAAUAUUGGCGGUAAGCAUGUUAUUUGUAGGAAUUCAUGGAUUGACGGCAGUUGGGGGCACGAAGAAAGAACCGAGCAACAGACUGAUUUUAUGCCGGGCCAGCAUUUUACCCUAACCAUAGUUUGUACAAACUCCACUUAUGAAGUGAAUUUAAAUAGGAGAAUAAUAGCAGAAUAUAAGCAUCGAGUAGACCCGAAAGUUGUUGAUACAAUUUAUAUUCAAGGCGAUAUCAAAUUAUGGGAUAUAGCAUUGGAGGAUACGCCACCAGCUGUGCUGAUAUGAGAAGCAUUCAGACUGUAGUUACCCAAAUGUUCAUUGAAGAUCUUAGAUGUUCUCUCAUCGGUCAAAUGAUAUUUGGAUACGAGACAGUCGAUGUUAUUACUUAACAAACUAAGGUGUAUGGAUUUAAAUUACAACGGAAUCCAGCCGAAUUAAUCCUCGACAUUAGAUCCAAACGAAGACUAUAUUCGCAUCUACCGUUGACGGAAGGGUUACGUGUGAAUGGUUUUAACACUCUAAUGGAAACGUUUGAUAUUGUUUUUGUUUUGUCUGUCUGAUUGCGAAAUACAAACCCCAUUAUAUUUUUAUAAUUAAAUGUCUGCUUAAAUAUAUGUUGUUAACGUGCUUUUCAAAAGUCAUGAUACUCUUGUUUUUUUUAUUUUUAAAGAGGGAGACAAUAACCUUAUCGAAAUUUAUAACCAAUGCAUAUAAGUAUAAGAAAAUUAUUCUUGGAAAUAAUUUCGACAUAUAAAGCGACCAAUUAUAGAUUGUUAUUUACAAGAAAUGAAAAUAACUCAAUAAAUGAAUUGAUAUUUACUCCUUUUGUUAGUUGUGUUGUAUUGUGUUACGGAAGAGUUUGCUAUUCCAAUCUAUUUUUGGAAAAUAAAUGGAGAAUGAUAUUUA